AUGGUACAGAAAGAUGUUCAAGAUGAUAAGUACUUUUCUGAAUGCAUUGAAAGUGGUUUAAUUACGUGUCCGCAGCAGUACCCGAAAGCAGAAAAUACCACGUUUGAGAAGUGGUACCGUCUAAUCGGAGUGAUAGGCGCUUCUGAAAGCGAAGUGACUUCAACGGUAGCCAACUUCCUGAAGGUAUUCACCGUGCCCCAGAUUACUCCCCUGGCAGGAGCCCCAGAUUUAGGGAGCAAGACUGUUAAUGAUAACUUACUUCGUACUUCACCAAGCGACAAGGACACGAUCGAAGCCCUAAUGCACUUCCUCAUGUAA